AUGGUGAUUUUUCAUGGGAAACAGAUGCAUUCUUUGAUACGUAAACAUGGGUUUGAUUCUGAUGUGUUUGUGGGUAGCGCAUUGGUUGAUAUGUAUGCGAAGUGUGGGGAAAUGAUCUUUGCGAAAAUAUUGUUUGAUGAAAUGCCCGAAAGAAAUCUUGUUUCCUGGAAUUCUAUGAUUGUCGGGUUCUUGCAAAACAAGCUUUAUGACGAGACAGUUGAGUUUUUCGUGCAUGUUGUUAGGGACGAUUUAAUAAAUCCUGAUCAAGUGAGCUUCUCAAGUGUUUUGAGUGCUUGUGCUAAUGUGCGAGGAGUGGAUAUGGGAAGACAAGUUCAUGGAGUUGUUAUUAAGAGUGGGUUGGAAUAUUUACCCUAUGUGAAGAAUUCUUUGAUGGACAUGUAUAGUAAAUGUGGUGUCUUUGAUGAUGCUGAAAACUUGUUCAGGACCAUAGAAGAUAGAGAUGUCGUCACUUGGAAUGUUAUGAUGAUGGGAUGUGUUCAAAAUAACAGCUUUGAGGAAGCGUGCAAUUAUUUUUGGAUGAUGAGGCGCGAAGGCAUAUCGCCUGACGAGGCUUCAUUUUCGACUGUGCUUCAUGCUGCUGCGAGUAUUGCAGCACUGGAUCAAGGCAGUUUGAUCCAUGAUCAGAUUAUAAAAACAGGGUUUGAAACAAACACUUGUGUCUCAAGCUCACUGGUUACAAUGUACGCAAAAUGUGGAAGCUUGAUCGAUGGUAGAAGGGUUUUUACUGAGAGUGAGGAUCGUAAUGUGGUACUGUGGACGGCUACGAUAUCUGCCUGUCAACAACAUGGCUGUGCAGAUCAAGUUAUAGAAUUAUUCGAGGAUAUGCUGCGAGAGGGUAUUAGGCCUGAUUAUAUAACUUUCGUUUCUGUUUUAUCAGCUUGUGGCCAUACAGGGCGGGUUGAUGAAGGCUUUUCUUACUUCAAUUCGAUGAUUCAGACGCACAAUAUAACCCCAGGGUCCGAACACUAUGCUUGCAUGGUUGACUUGCUUGGCCGUGCAGGUAAGUUACUUGAAGCUAAGAAAUUCAUUGAAACGAUGCCAAUUGAACCUGAUAUAUCUGUCUGGGGAGCAUUGCUCGGAGCUUGCCGAAAAUAUGGGGAUCUUGAACUUGGUGGAGAAGUUGCUAAAAGGCUUUUCCAAAUCGAGCCUACUAACCCCGGAAACUAUGUACUGCUCGGAAAUAUGUACGCUCGAGCAGGUAUGUUAGACGAAGCUGACGAGGUCAGGAGGUUGAUGGGGGUUAACAAGGUUAGAAAAGAGCCUGGAUGUAGCUGGCUUGAUGUCAAGAAUACAACUUAUGUUUUCACAGCUCAUGAUAAAUCCCAUUCCAGGACCAAUGAGAUAUACAAGAUGUUAGGCAAAUUGGAGGAGAUGGUGAAGCAGAAAGGUUACAUAGCUGAAACCCAAUAUGCAAUAAACAAUGUGGAUGAAUACAAGGAGAGGAGCUUAUGGUAUCACAGUGAGAAACUUGCCCUUGCAUAUGGGCUACUCGUCCUUCCUGAGGGAGCUCCCAUUAGGAUAAAGAAGAAUCUUCGGACUUGUGGGGAUUGUCAUACAGUUAUGAAGUUUGCAUCAGAGAUUUUCAGGAGAGAGAUCAUUGUGAGAGACAUCAAUCGUUUCCACAGAUUUUCCAAUGGUUUGUGUUCAUGUAAUGACUAUUGGUAA